UCUAAUCUGUUAUGAGCCUAUGGCAGGCCAGCAAUACAAUARGUUCUUUAUCGGGUUGCUGCGAUGCCACCAGUCGAUCUUCCUUUGUGUGGCGUAUUUGCGAUGACAUGUGACAAGCCACUUACAGUGACAGCCGUGGUGAUGAGUCAGCCGCCCUUACCGCACCACACUGAACUCUACCAAAGCGCCCACUGUGUCUUGCCGACUCUACUAAAAAUAAUUCCUCCCGACCUUCCUCAGAAAUUCAAGAUUUAAGUGUGACUUCAAGUCAAGGCUGUCGUCAUGGCCACAUGUACWCCAGUACGGCCAUCCCAACUGGCUUCAAUGUAUGGAGAAUAYCCUAGAGCAUCAAUGACUCCUGAGCCUGUCGUUAGAAAAUGCACACCAUUCUGUGAUAAGAACAAGGAUUGUCCUGAGCACCAUGAGUUAUUAGUUGCUAUUGUCAACUGUACUGAUAUGUUGGGUUCUUUAUCUAACYUGGAUGGUUUAAAGGAAUGUGUUGAUCGGUAUAUCAAAAAGGGCUGGUCUAAAGAUGAUGAGGUUCCAGAUCCCGUUAUUGAAAACAGACUACCUCUGAUACAUUGGGCAGCAUCACUAGGUAAAUGUAAUGCUCUAGAAUGGAUGCUGGCAAGUGGGUUCUCACCCGUGGCAAAAUCAUGUGGUGUUGGGGAAACUGCUCUCCAUAGAGCUACUGCAUGGCUGUAUAAAUCACGACCAAAGUUCACAGUCAAAGAACUUACUCCAAAGUUUAGCAAAAUGGUCAGUUUAUUGAAAGAAACUUUACUUGUCAAAGAUGAAUCACAUGGAGAAACUCCUCUACACACUGCUGCUGGUAUGCUAGUAAAUGGAGACCAUAAACCUAAUUUCUUUCAAACUUGUAUUGAACUUAUUGUGCAGCAAGCAAAACGAAUGGGAGAUCACUGCAGUCAAAUUUUAAAUGCUGUAAAUGACGAUGGUGACACUGCUCUACAUAUACUUGCAUGUGGKGAAAGACAUAAGAUUGACUUUUGUUGUCAAGCUGUCAGAAACCUUGUCAUGGCUGGUGCUGAUAGAAGCAUUAGAAACAACGAAGGCAAGACAUCUUUAGAUAUAGCACUUGCUAGAGGCACUGAAGCUAUAGUUGAGGAAUUGAUUAAGGUGGUUGAUACUGAUGAUAAUGGAUUGUUGUCUGGCCUCAGUUCAGAUGAUGCCGAACCAUUCUCUUACAGUGCUUUAGCUGAUCCMUCUCCUCCUCUCAGUAAUCUUUCCAAGUCAAUGGAGAGUCCCAUGCCUACUGGAGUCAGUGAUGAAGAAGAUGGAUAUCCACAUAUUGCACAUGUGCAGUCAGUCAAGGUUGAACCUUUGGAGGAUGAUCAAGAUGUUGAACAGCAAAUACAGCAGAUGAAAGAAGAACAAGCUUCAAGUGAURGCGGUCUGAAUGGAUUGUAUGGUUUAGAUGGAUCUGGACUAUUAAAACAUCUUUGUGAGGCUGGUUUACUUCAUGAUGUUUCGAGUCUUGUUGGAAAGGCACAGGCAAGAGAUGAAGGCAAUUUAAGAAAAGUUCAAGUCCAAGCUCGUGAAAUUGAUGCACAAAUAACAACAAAACUCAAAGAAAUUGACAGAAUGAAACUAGAAGUGCAGUCUUUGAGACUAAAGAGGAAAAGAUGUGAUGAAGAGUCUGAUCGGUUGAAGAAGAGAUUACAAUCUUGCGUCAAUGUGAUGAGAGAAAUUCCAAUCUCUUCCAACGAUGCUAGAAUACAAAAGAACCACGAUCAGGAGAAGGAAUAGUGUGAUUAUUACCAACUGUGCAGCUCUUGGAACAAAUUUCCUAGAUGCAAUCACCGAAMAUUCUAGAAACGAUCAUCAGCCUGGGAAGACACUCAACAGAUAUUGGUUAAACAAUGGUCCAACUUUCUAGACUACAAAUGAUACAAUGAUCAAAAGACGUCUAGAACUAGAAUCAAACAUUUUUAGAAACAGGCGAACUAGCUAAUCACUUUGCCAUUGUCUAGGCAAAUCACAUGCUUCAAAUAACACACCAAUUUCAUCGUUCAUUUUUCAGCAAGCGUGAAUGCAGUUUAUUGAAAGCUGAUUUUGGUUCAUAUGAGCAAAACGUUGAUAUCAUCUAACUUGAGAGUUAAAAAUAAUUUGAAUUCCAAAUGUUAUUUAUGUGAAUAAGUUCUUGUAAAAAAGAGAAAAGAGAACACACACUUUUUGAAAUAGAAAAAAUUCCUUUCAAACAUCUUAAUUUAUUUACCAUAAUCUUCAAUGUUUAAUAAUGACAGCCAGUAUUUGAUGGAACAGUUCUCUUAUAUUUUCCCUUUAUUAACUCGAUAAAAUUUAUUAUGUUAAU